UCGGUUCCCGGUACCGGAGAAAAACAAAAAAAAAAAAAAAAAACCAAAAUGGAUUAUCCCAAAUGCCUCUUAAUAUCAGGUCUCAUGCAGAGGUACCGGCCCAUGUGGUCCUGGCCGGACACAGGGUGUGGUGGGCCGGCUGUUUGUCACAGGUUUGCAUGUGUGUGUGCAGCUGGGGCACGGGGCUGCAAUACAUUGCCUUCCUGCUUGUGAGGAAGAAGGUCUUCCGUUUAGAUGCUCAUUUGCACUCCUCGCCUAACAUCAUUAUUUGGUGUGGGCAUGGGGGCUGCCAUACAGUGGUCAGGCUCCCAGAACGGGGACAGAACAACUACAUUGUCUCAAGUCUCCUCACUCAGUGUCCUGGGAGAGUUCUCAGUUAUCACUUUCUUAGGGAGCAAGUGGAACGAGGUGUCUUCAACCUGAAAACACUUAACUGGGCCCUGACAGUGGAGUGCCUGGAGUCUUUCGAAGCUGAGAGGUUGUGCCUCUUACCAGGUUCAGAGCUUCUCUGGCUUCCCCGUCCUGGUGAACAGCACAUGGCAGAAACCUCAGCCCGGCACCUACCGCAACUCCUGCCACCUACCCACAUCGCCACGCAGCUACCAGUCAGUGCUAAGCCCGUGCUCUCUCUCCCUGCCGGCCCCAGGCAAGAAGCCUGUCUUCUCUGCAACCAGGUUCCCACGCUGUCCCCAGAGGGAUCCCUCAGAAGAACAUACGCAACCUCAUCACUUCCAGACUUGAAAAUCUUGGUUAAGAGGAAAGAUGAUGUGAGAGAUUGAGGCUUAUAAGAAAGCCACAUCUAGCCAGGCGUGGUGGUACACACCUGUAAUCCCAGCACUCGGGAGGCUGAGGCAGGAGGAUCAUUGCGAGUUUGACACCGCCUGGACUACAAAUUUAGCUCGAGGCCAGCCUGAACUGCACAGGGAAACCCUAUCUCAGAAAGACAAACAAACAAACAAACAAAUAAAAGGCCAUAAGAAAGCCACAGAAUUGUGCCAAACUGACAUAUGGAUAGUUUAGCGAAACAGAACAUAGCUCAGAAAUACAGCUACUUAAGGGCACUUAUUGGAGACUUGGCCUGAGCCCCCAGUCUCCUAAAGGGAUGCAUGGCAAAGGCUUAAAUAAGAGAGACAAAAAUAUGUUUUCAAGGGAUCCAGAAAGGUCAGAACUCUCUAGGAGCUAAGGCAAAGAUUUUUCACAAUCCAUCCAUAUUUAUUGGCUCUUUCAUAAGUCAGAGGGUGCAGGAAGUGGAGACCACAUGUAAUGGUUGAUCCAUUGUGUCAACUUGAGGAGUUUAGAAGCUUAACUAAGUAACUCAGCAGUUCUACAUCCUGGGGUUUAGAGGACAUGUCCUAAAACAGACAUGUCCUCUAAAACAGUUGUUUACAUCCAUGAUGUGAUGUUUGUUCCAUUGUGUCAAUUUGAGAGGUUUAGAAAUUUAACUCAGUGACUUAGCAGGGGGCCAGGGUCCUCAUU